CCGCCACGUGACAAUGAGCUGGCUGAGUCAGCCGGCUCGUCAUGCAGCGUCAGUCUGGAGUCGCACAAUUAUGAAAAGGCAACCUUCCGUUGGAGCUGCAACCGAAGCGGAUCUCUCCAACGUCUACCGGGCUUUCCUUCCAAGGCUAACUGAGAGUACCGCUGAUAGAUGGAUAAAAGCCACGACAGAGCUCUUCCUGAGUCUCAACGGUGAAGAGAAUGUCCCAGAAAUCCUGGAUAGAAAGCACUUUCACCAAGAGGGAAUGUGUGUACAUACUUCCAGUGUCAAAGGACCCCCACAGAUGCCUUCCAGGAUGCCAGAUUUGCCAGCAGCUCGUCAGGUGCUGCUGUGGGCGGCUGGUGCGCCAACAUGCUGGCUUCACAGCCAGCUUGGCCACCAAGUACUCAGAUGUGAAGUUGGGUGAGAGCUCCAAUGUGCCUAUGCCCGAGCUGGAGGAGUGGUCAGUGGAAAAACACACAGAGGCCAGACCCACUGAUGCCUAUGGUGUCAUCAACUUCCAGGGAGGGUCUCACUCAUACAGAGCCAAGUAUGUACGCUUGUCCCAUGACACGAGGCCAGACAGCAUUUUACGACUGAUGCUAAAGGAGUGGCACAUGGAGCUUCCCAAGAUCCUCAUUUCUGUCCACGGAGGAGUUCAGAACUUUGACCUGCACCCCCGCAUUAAGCAGGUGAUCGGCAAGGGCCUCAUCAAAGCUGCUGUCACCACCGGGGCCUGGAUUCUCACCGGUGGUGUUAACACAGGUGUAGCAAAACAUGUGGGAGAUGCUCUCAAAGAACACUGUUCAAGAUCAUCAAAGAAAAUUUGCACUAUCGGGAUUGCACCCUGGGGAGUGAUUGAAAACAGGAACGAUCUCAUCGGCAGAGACAUUAUUGCUCCAUAUCAGACACUACUGAAUCCUCUCAGCAAACUAAACGUUCUCAACAGCCUGCAUUCCCAUUUCCUCCUUGUGGAUGAUGGGACGGUGGGAAAGUAUGGCGCUGAAGUAACAUUGCGGCGGGAACUGGAGAAGCAUAUCAACCUCCAAAAAAUACAUGCCA